CCAAGAGAGGAAAACAGUAUCCUGCCACACAAGUUGCAGAGUGGCAUACAGGAAGAGCAGGAGCAGAUGUCAGGACCUGGAAAUGCCCAGCUCUGCCAACUCUGCCAGGAAGAAAGCAGCCGAAGCAAAAAAAAGAACAUCUGCAAGAACUGCAGCGGUAUCUUCUGUGAAGCCUGUUCAGCCCAUGAACUGCCCCUCCCGUCUAGCAUUAACCCUGAGCGUGUCUGCAACCCGUGUCACGAGCAACUCAUCCAGCAGUAUUCGACCAGCCCCUUGUAGGAUGCGCGCUGCAGGCGACGGUGACCAAAAAAUUGCUGUAGCUGUUGUUCAUCUCUGGAGUCGUCAAAGGGGAAUUUGCAGAGAAAACACUGGCCUGUGUUUUGUGGAGGUCAGAGGAGGAGGCUGCUUUAUAGUGUUUACAGUGUCUAGUGACUAAAAAUGAACACUUGGAGCCUUCCUAGUUGAAAAAUCUACUUGCUCUCAGACCUCAGCUUGUGCUGGGGAGAACCGCUUUGGGAGUUGCACAGAAAGUAAGUAGCCCUAGAGUGUGCCCAGGCAAAUUCAGGAAGCAGUGAGACCAGGCAGCCCCAAAGAGAGUCGAGUGUGUGCGUGCGUGUGUCUGUGGGUACAAGUCAGGAAAGUUCUCUUCCUCAGGUGUGUUGCUUGAAGGCAUGCUGCUGUUAAGCAAAGGUUCUCUGAAAGCAAAAUGGGAGCGUUUUUAGUCCUCGUGUGUGGCUGCACUUGAAAUACCAUUUCCCUUUUUCCUGCUGCUUUUUGACAAUCUGGCUCAACUGUGCUACUUCAGUGCCAGGUGUAAGAAGCCCAGAUAGUAUGCCAACAAACACUUUCUACCUGAAUUUGUUUAGUUCAGUUCUCUGGCCACGGGCUUGCUAUGCACAUCAAUAUCAAAAAUCCAAAAAACAAAACAAAACUGUGAAAGUUCUGUAUUUUAGGGGUCUGGGAGGUGGUGGUUAGGGUCUUUUUUGAGGCGUGCAUGAUGUGAAAACUGACCUGCACUGAUUUGAUCAUCACAGCAGGCAUGGAAGUGCCUUAAGACAUCUCUGACCUUCCAGUCAGAGACAUUCACUGUGACUUGAUGACCACAAAAUGGUGAUCAAACCUAAGGGCUGCAACUGAACUUUCUAUCUUGAUGUAGUAACUGGAGGAAUUUGAUUUCCAAGUACUUAGAUACCCAGUACUGAUCACUAACUCCACAGAAUGUUUAGGGCUGUGUCUGGGCACCUCUCCCCCUUGGGCAUGUGAAAAAGUGGUUAUAAUAUACCUGGCAUUUCACUAUAUUAUGUUAGAGUAGGGAAGCAGGGAUGAAGUCUGAAUGCUCUUCACCUACUAGAAAUUCUAAUCUCAAACACAGUUUAAAGAGGUUUUACAGUUCAUGCUAUAUCAUUUUUUUUGUUGCUGUUAUCUCAAGGAAUUGUGUUUUGCCCCAAAAAGUGGUGGCUUCCUCAUAAUCAUAAAGUAUGUAGCGGGUCAGAGUUUAUUUGCUCCGCUUUAUACUGGAAGCCUACUUCAGUCUUCAAGACCACAGAAUGUUUUGUAAUCCAUAGAAAACUGAUGUAUUUAUAUAUAUGAAGUGGCAGUUAGUCAUUUGGUUUUGUACAAAUUGUGUUAGGCGGCAGUGGUUUAAUUCCUUGAAAGGGAUUUUUCUAGUCAUUAGACUGGCUGGAGCUUCAUUAAAAAGCUUGUCAGAGCUGUUACUUACUGUGUGUGAGGCUAGAGUUUGUGCCAGGAGCUAGUUUCUUCUAGUUCCCUGCUGGACUUGGCAUUUUCAGCCACACAAGCUCCCGUCCUCCUCUUAUUGCCCUGUAGAGGGAGCAUUUCACAGGGGGGGAACUUGCAAUUCUUUUCCAUGUUUUGCUCCUUUUUUCCCCCCCCUAUGGUGGUAGUUACUGCCUGGAUUUUCUUGCUGCUGUCUCUUAAAAGUAGCCUAGAAAUGGUAAGUAGUUUUAAAAUGUAAAAAUCCUGGAAUUCAAGUGCAGGCAAACAGUGCUUUGAAGGGGGGGG